CCCUUCGUUCUGCGCAUGCGCACCAGCGCCGAGCUGCGGCGGGAGGGCGGUGCGCGGCCAUUGCGAGGCGCCGAUUGGCCCAGACGCGUCGGCCCCUCCCACCUGCAGCAGGUGCGGGGCGCUGAUUGGUGCGCCGGCGCCGGCCACGCCCCUGGCGGCACCGCCCCCCCCGCAGUCGGGGCGCGGCCGCCGCCCCGCACGGACGGGCUCGCUCCGCGCUCCGCCGCCGCCAUGGCCGAUUCCGCCGCGCAGUCCUCGCUCAUCUCCUCCACCUCCUCUUCCACCUCCGUGACCUCGUCCUCCGCCUCCUCCACGCGGGCCGCGGGCGGCGGCUGCGUGGGCGGCAGUUCCAUGUCGUGCGCCGAUCCCCCCAAUUCUUCCUCUUCCUCCUCCUCUUCCUCCUCCCAGCCCGUUUCUCUCUUUGCGGCUUCACCAGCAGCGGCGCCGGGCGGGCGCGACCGGGGGGCGUCGCCGGGCGGGGGGAACGCCCAGAGCCCCCCGGAGUCGCCGGAGUCGCCGUUCGAGGUGGUCCCGGACAGAGCCGCCUUCGACCGCGAGUUCGGCCCCGCGCUCGGCCAGAUCCCCGAGGGCCGCGUGUGCCACUUCCCGCCCAAGCCCCGCGGUGGCCCCGGUGUCCCCGGCGGCGUCCCCGGGCGGGGGCUGGCCCGGCCGCCCCCCGGCUCGGCGGCGGCGCUGGAGGAGGUGUCGCGCUGCGUGCGGGAGAUGCACAGCUUCACCAGCGAGCUGCUCUCCUGGGACCUGGUGGAGCGCAGCAACGGCGACGGCGGCAUCGCCAUCCGGAACGGCGCGGGGAAUGGCCUUAACGGCGUUGGCAACGGCGGCGCCGGCACCGGGAGUGGCGUCACCGGUGUCACCGGCACUGGGAAUGGUGUCACCGGCACUGGAAGUGGCAUCACUGGCAUUGGGAAUGGUGUCGCCGGUGUCACCGGCACUGGAAGUGGCAUCACUGGCAUUGGGAAUGGUGUCGCCGGUGUCACUGGCACUGGGAAUGGUGUCACCGGCGUUGCCAGCACUGGGACCGGUGUCACCAGCAUUGGGAGCGGUGUCACCGGUGUCACUGGCAUCGGGAAUGGCGUCGCCGGCGUCGCUGCCACGGGGAACGGCACCGCUGGUGUUGGCAACGGCAUCGGGAGCGUCCUCGGUGGUGGCAUCGGGAACGGCGUCACCCGCCCCGGGAGCGCUGUCACCGCUGCCACCGGCAUCAAGAGUGACGUCACUGCCACUGGGAACGGCCUCGCUGGCACUGGGAAUGUUGGCGGCGGUGACCCCGGCGUAGGGAGUGGCAUCUCUGCUGUCACCGGAGGUGGCACCGGUGUCACCACUGACGCCGACAGCUCCGGUGACUCUGACGACACCGUCAUCGAGGAGGCGCCGGGCGAGGCCCCCCCUGCUGUCCCCGGGGCUGUCCCCAGAGAUGUCCCCAGGGACGUCCCCGGGGCUGUCCCCGCUGUCCCCAGGGAUGUCCCCGUCCCGCCGGGGUCCCCCCCCGCCGCCUCCCGGGACUGGGAGCGCUGGGAGCAGGAGCAGCAGACCCUGCGGGCGCUGCGGGAACUGGGGGAGCCCCCCCGGCCCCCCCCGGCCGGGCCCCUCCCCCGCCUGGCAGCAGUGCAGGAGCUGCUCUUUUGGCGGGACGUGAAGAAGAGCGCGGUGGCCUUCGGCGCCAGCCUGGUGCUGCUGCUGUCCCUGGCCACGCUCAGCGCUGUCACCGUGGUGGCACACGUGGCGCUGGCCCUGCUCUCGGUCACCAUCAGCCUCCGUGUCUACAAGGCCGUGGUGCAGGCCCUGCAGAAAUCCGAGGAGGGGCACCCCUUCAAAGCUUACCUGGACCUGGACGUGACGUUGUCCCCCGAGACCUUCCAGGCGCACGCGGCCGUGGUGGCCCAGCACCUCAACCGGGGCCUGCAGCUGCUCAUCCACCUCUUCCUGGUGGAGGAUCUGGUGGAUUCCCUGGAGCUCGCCCUGACCAUGUGGUUGAUGACCUACGUGGGAGCCGUUUUCAACGGCAUCACCCUCCUCAUCCUCGCCGACAUCUUGGCCUUCACCCUCCCGCCCCUGUACAAGAAAUACGAGGUGCAGAUCAAUCACUACAUGGGCCUCAUCCGCCACCAGACCAAGGACCUCAUGGCCAAGAUCCAGGCGAAGCUCCCGGGUCUGGCCAAGAAGAAGCCGGAAUAAACCCCAGGGUGGGGGAGGGGGAAUUUGGGGGUACCCAGGGGUGCCCCCCCACUCCAGGCUUGUCUUCCCCCCCCCCCCCCAACUCCACCCACCCCCCCAGACUUGUUCCUUUCCCCAAGUCUCACAGUGAUCUCCGUCUGUGCCCCCCCCCAGUUGAAAUUGGGGGGGGGCUGAACCCCAAAAUCGCCCCCCCCCGGCGGGGCUCCCCCCAAACCACCCCCCCGGGGGCCCCCCCAAGCUCGUCCCCCCCCCCCCACUUUUAUUUUUUUAUCGUUAAUUGAGGUGAAAUGUCUGUAACUGCUGUAAAUGGGCGAGGGGGGGGCUCAGCCCUUCCCACAGCCCCCCCAAACUGCGCCCCCCGAGCCCCCCCCUCACUGCGGGGGGGGGGGUGGGAAAUGGGGGAGACCCCCCCCCCCCCAAAAUCCACCCGCGGGGCUGCGGCUACAAUAAAACAUCGCCACAA